UAAGUCGAUAGUUAAUAUUCGAUAAGACAGACGAGUGACGACACUGCCUAGUGCCUACUGUCUAGUGGCUGCACUCUGCGCUUUGAAGAGCUAAUCCACUAAAAAUAUUAAAUUUAUUGCUCCAAUCCCCGAUUCUCAGCCGAAUUCGAACUAGUAUUCUACUGAUUUUUAUUCAGUGUAAUGUAAAAUGCACGGAUAUAAGCAUUCAAUUUUCGGAGAGGCGCUAAAAUUCAUUUUUCAGUGAUGGCUUGAUUACACCACUGAACAGUUGUCUUGUAAUAUGGGCGGUAAUGUGUCACAACUAGAAAGAGAUAUUGGAUCAGAUCAGUUUCCUCCAAAUGAGCAUUAUUUUGGUUUAGUUAAUUUUGGAAAUACAUGCUACAGUAAUUCAGUUCUUCAAGCUCUUUAUUUUUGUAAACCUUUUCGAGACAAAGUAUUAGAAUACAAAGCUCGCAAUAAGAGAAAUAAGGAAACAUUGCUCACGUGUUUAGCUGAUCUAUUUCAUAGUAUUGCAACUCAAAAAAAAAAAGUUGGGUCUAUAGCACCCAAAAAAUUUAUUAAUAGACUUAGAAAAGAGAAAGAAGAAUUCAAUAACUAUAUGCAACAAGAUGCUCAUGAAUUUUUAAACUUCCUUAUAAAUCAUAUUAAUGAGAUCAUUCUUUCUGAACGUAACCAAACAAAUUGUAAUGGUAAAUCUAAAUCAAUUACACCUAACAUUGUUGAUGGAGAAUCAACUACUAGUAGCAUCACUAGCUCGAGUAGUCAUAAUCAAGAUCCAACCUGGGUACAUGAAAUAUUUCAAGGAAUACUAACGAGUGAAACUAGAUGUUUAAACUGUGAAGAAGUCAGCAGUAAAGAUGAAGACUUUUUUGAUCUCCAAGUAGAUAUAGAUCAAAAUACUAGUAUUACACAUUGUUUACGUUGUUUUAGCAAUACAGAAAUGCUUUGUAGUGAUAAUAAAUUUAAAUGUGACAAUUGCUGUAGCUAUCAAGAAGCCCAGAAAUGUAUGCGGGUCAAAAAAUUACCUAUGAUAUUGGCAUUGCAUUUAAAAAGAUUCAAAUACAUGGAACAAUUUAAUAGGCAUAUAAAAGUAUCUCAUAGAGUUGUUUUUCCUUUAGAACUUAGAUUAUUUAAUACGUCUGAUGAUGCUGUUAAUCCAGACAGAAUGUACAAUCUUGUAGCUGUAGUUAUACAUUGUGGCAGUGGGCCAAAUAGAGGUCAUUACAUUAGCAUAGUUAAAAGCCAUGAUUUUUGGCUACUGUUUGAUGAUGAUAUGGUUGAUAAAAUUGAUCAAUCUGCUAUUGAAGAUUUCUAUGGUCUCACGUCAGACUUACAGAAAUCAUCAGAAACUGGUUAUAUACUAUUUUAUCAAUCUAGAGAUGCUGCUGAAAUAUCAAAAUCUGGUAUGGCUGAUUCAAAAUCCAGUCAUUGUAAAUAA